CCCCCCCUGGCCGCGCCCGCCCCCCGCGAGCAUGGGCGCCCACCCGCGCGCUGCCGUGGUCGCGGGGCUCCCGCCGCCCCGAGCGCUGCCGCUGCCUCUGCUCCUGCUCCUGCUGCUAUCGCCGCCAGUGGCCAUCGCCUCCGAGGCUGAGCACCGUCUGUUUGAGAGGCUGUUCGAAGAUUACAACGAGAUCAUCCGACCUGUAGCCAAUGUGUCUGACCCCGUCAUCAUCCAGUUUGAGGUGUCCAUGUCUCAGCUGGUGAAGGUGGACGAAGUAAACCAGAUCAUGGAGACCAACCUGUGGCUCAAACAAAUUUGGAAUGACUACAAACUGAAGUGGGACCCCUCUGAGUAUGAUGGGGCGGAGUUCAUGCGUGUCCCUGCACAGAAGAUCUGGAAGCCGGACAUUGUGCUGUAUAACAAUGCUGUUGGGGACUUCCAGGUGGACGACAAGACCAAAGCUUUACUCAAGUACACAGGGGAGGUGACUUGGAUGCCCCCCGCCAUCUUUAAGAGCUCGUGCAAAAUCGACGUGACCUACUUUCCAUUUGAUUACCAGAACUGCACCAUGAAGUUCGGCUCCUGGUCCUACGACAAGGCAAAAAUCGACCUGGUCUUGAUCGGCUCUUCCAUGAACCUCAAGGAGUACUGGGAGAGCGGCGAGUGGGCAGUCAUCAAAGCCCCGGGCUACAAGCACGACAUCAAGUACAACUGCUGUGAGGAGAUCUACCCCGACAUCACGUACUCGCUCUACAUCCGACGCCUGCCCCUCUUCUACACCAUCAACCUCAUCAUCCCCUGCCUGCUCAUCUCCUUCCUGACCGUGCUGGUCUUCUACCUGCCUUCCGACUGCGGCGAGAAGGUGACCCUCUGCAUCUCGGUCCUCCUCUCGCUGACCGUGUUUCUCCUGGUCAUCACCGAGACAAUCCCUUCCACCUCGCUGGUGAUUCCCCUCAUUGGCGAGUACCUCCUGUUCACCAUGAUUUUCGUGACCCUGUCCAUCGUCAUCACCGUCUUCGUGCUCAACGUGCACUACAGAACCCCGACCACGCACACCAUGCCCGCAUGGGUGAAGACCGUUUUUCUGCACGUGCUUCCCAGGGUCAUGUUCAUGACCAGGCCCGCGAGCAGCGAAGGCCACACCCAGAAGCCAAGGCCCUCCUACAGUGCUGAGCUCUCAAAUCUGAACUGCUUCAGCCGCACGGAGUCCAGAAGCUGCAAGGAAGGCUGUCCCUGCCAGGACGGGAUGUGUGGCCACUGCCACCACCGCAGAAUAAAAAUCUCAAACUUCAGUGCCAACCUCCCGAGAAGCUCCAGUUCUGAGUCUGUCAACGCUGUGCUGUCCCUAUCUGCUCUGUCACCGGAAAUCAAAGACGCCAUCCAGAGUGUCAAGUAUAUUGCCGAAAACAUGAAAGCACAAAAUGAAGCCAAAGAGAUUCAAGAUGAUUGGAAGUAUGUCGCCAUGGUUAUUGAUCGAAUUUUUCUGUGGGUUUUCAUCCUGGUGUGCAUUCUAGGGACAGCAGGAUUGUUUCUGCAACCUUUGAUGGCAAGGGAUGACGCUUAAGCACCAAACUGUGUUUGCCAGAGGCUUCCUGGCAUGCAGAGGGGGACUCGUUUGUUUUUAUUGUGUAAAAUACACUUGGCCAUAAAAUGUACCAUCUUCACCAUGUUCAGGCCCACAGCUCGGUGGUGGUAAAUAGUCAUCGUUGUGCAGCUGCCACCGCCAUCUCCAGGACUCUUCGUCUUGUAAGACCGCAUCUCCGCACCCACUGAACACUAACUCCCUGUCCCCUCUCCCCCUGAAACCCACAUUAUACUGUUUUGACUACUUUAAGUACCUCAUAUAAGCAGAAGUGCACACUAUUUGUCUUUCUGUGAUCGGCCAGUUUCAUUCAGCAUCAUGUCCUCGGGGCUCACCCAUGUUGGAGCAGGCGUCAGAAUCUCCUUUCUUUUUAGGGCUCAGCCGUGUUCCAUUGCACGUCUAUUCAUGUUGCUUAUCCGCUCAUCUGGCAGGGGACACUGGGGCGGCCCCCACGUUUUGGCUGUUACAGAUACGUGUGCGCCCAUGUUCACAGCAACAUUAUCUGUUUGAGACCCUGCUCUCGAUUCAUUAGGAUCUAUGCCCAGAGGCGGAAUUGUUGGGUCCUGUAGUAAUUCUAUUUUCAACUUUCUGAGGAACAACCGUACUGUUUUCCAGGAUGGCUGCACCAGUUUGCAUUCCCACAGGGGCUCCAAUUCUUGGCAUCCUCAUCAACAUUUGUAUUGUUUUUUUUUUUUAUAAUAGUCAUCCUAACGGGUGUGAGGUGGUAUCUCAUUGUGGUUUUGAUGUGCAUUUAUGUAACGAUUAGUGAUGCGAA